AUAAUUCGUACAUUCCUUGCCAUUUACCAAAACAUUGAACAAUUAGUAUUUUGAUAUUAUAACAACAUUUCCAACAAAAUACACCAUGCCAACUUGUUUAAGAGCAAAAUGUAUAAUCGUUGGUGACUCCUCUGUAGGAAAAAGUUCCAUAUGUCAAGUUUUUCACAGUGAUGGAUCACACUUUCCUAAGAAUUACACAGUAACAACUGGUGUAGAACUGUUGGUGAAACAUGUUAAUAUACCAGAUACAAAAGAUACAGUUGAACUCUUUAUGAAUGAUUCGGCUGGAAAAGAAAUAUUUUCUGAUUUAGUGCAGAAAUUUUGGGACCACCCUAAUGUUAUCAUGGUUGUUUAUGAUGUCACUAGUGAAACUUCAUUUUCUAGUUGUGCAAAGUGGUUAGAAAGGGUGCGGUCACAAAAACCAGAUGUACAACUACCAGGUGUUUUAGUAGCAAACAAAAUAGAUUUAGAUCAAAGAAGAUUAAUUAGUCCUAAAGCUGGUCAGGAAUUUGCAAACUCAAAUGGUCUCAAAUAUUUUGAAUGCUCAGCAAAAGAAAUGCAGAAUGUGGAUGGUUCAUUUUACUACCUGGCUAAUGAGUUCUACAAACUAUACCAGGACAAGAUAGAGACAUUUAAAACACUCACAUGAUCAUCAGAAACAUUUUAAUUAUUUAUUACAUUCCGUCCUACUUUUUGUUAUUAUGAAGUAAAAUUCAUUCACUACA